UUUGAUUGACGACUUAAUUUCGUUAGACCAUUUAUUUAUUUCUAACAAUAAAUUAAAAUAUUGUGAUUUACUACUUAGCGACCAUUUACUGACCCCUCAAUUAAUUUGAUGGAUAAACAAUUAAACAUCAAAUAAUUAAUUUCCUUCUAAACAUCCGGUUUUCAAAAAAUGAAAAACUGGACGGAUGAAUGGGCAUAUAACAAAUUUUAAUGGAUUGCAAUGUCAAUGGACAAGGAAUAAGAGGACCGAUUUGUACUUAACAAUACUUUCCUCAUGAUUGAAGCACUUGGAAAGUGUAUAAUCCAAUUGGUGGAUCUUUCGUCGUCGUCAUUUUGUUUGUCUCUAACAUCUCUGCAAAAAAAGUGCCAGCAAUUUCUUUCGUUUCAAUUUCCUCUGUCCUUGCAGUCUCCGAUCUCAAAUACUAUAAUCAUCCUUCACUCCGGUGAGCCAGGUUUCUGAAGUAAAGGAGAUUAACGAGAAGAAGAAUUCUCAGGCUGUCUCCUUUUUUCAUCGCUCUUUCUGGAAUAAUUUGCAUUCUUUCAUUGCUUUCCCCGGCUUUCCACAACGCCAACAAGCUCCGAUCGGCUGCAAGAUCCGGCAGUUGUUUUGGGGUCUUCCGGCGAUACUGAAUUUUCUUUGUAUCGUCCAUUUGAAUUCACAUGUAAGAUUCAUGUAUGAAUUUUGGUCAUUUUCUUGUUCGAAACUAUUGAAUUAGGUUAUCGUUAUUCACCAUUUUCGGCUUUUUGCUCUAUAGGGUUUUUGUUGCUAGAAGAUAUGGUUAUGUAGAACUGUAAACGGAGGUGGAGGUGGAGGUGGAGGCAAAUUUUGGGAGAGAAUUGUUUUCCACUGGAAAUUGUAAACAAUGCAUUUCUUCCCUUUCAGCUCAAGCUCUAACAGUGAUGGGGGGAGUCGUAUUCCGGUAUAUCUGAAUGUGUAUGAUCUUACCACUGUAAAUAACUACCUCUAUUGGUUCGGGCUUGGGAUCUUCCAUUCGGGUAUUGAAGUCCAUGGAAUGGAGUUUAGUUUUGGAGCACAUGAGUACGCUAGCAGUGGGAUAUUUGAGGUGGAACCACGAAGUUGUCCGGGCUUCAUCUUUCGACGAGCAGUGUUGCUAGGCAACACCAACUUGUCACGGGUAGAAGUUCAGACAUUAAUGGAACACAUUUCAGCAGACUACCAUGGUGAUUGUUAUCAUUUGAUUGCCAAGAAUUGCAAUCACUUCACAAAUGAAGCUUGCAUGAGACUCACUGGAAAGCCAAUUCCAGGAUGGAUAAAUCGGAUGGCUAGGUUAGGUUCCUUCUGCAACUGUCUACUGCCAGAGAGCAUUAAGGUAGCACCAGUUCGACAUGUAGCUGAGAGAUAUUCUGAUGAUGAUUGCUCAGGAUCUAUCAUAUCAACCGUCUCAUUGGUGAGCGACGAAGAGAAUUCGAAUCACCAUUUGCUACCCAUACCCAACGGGGAGGUUGCAUUUAUAAAGAAAAAAGAAAAACCAAUCAGGCUAGCCAAAGAAUUAUUGUAGAAGAUGUUUUCUUGUGUGAUAUCUAUUAUUUUAUAUUCCUGUGCCUUUGUCAUAUCUGGCAUUACGUGCUGAUUGCAUCGCCUUUUUCUCUCGAGACUUCUCUGUGAUGCUUCAUGUUUUUUAUUGUUUGAUGUGUUCAAUAUUGCUUCUUUCGCUCUUGGAGAGCUAACAAGUAUGCAUGCCCAUGUAUGCCACUAGAUGUAUAUAACCAAACCUCCUUUUCUUUUCUAUUGGUGAUAGAUUUCUAUGAGAUCCAGACAGACAUAAAGACUCUUUCUCUCUUCACUUGUCUGGUUUGUGACUGGAUAUUUGUAUAAGGAUCCCAUUCAAUCCAGAGUUUAACCAAAUCAGUACAGAACCUUAUAAAAAGGUGAGGGAGGG